UGAUGACGCGAUUGGUCAGUCUUUGUUUUUUUCAGUAUUGGAGGCUUCACUCCCUCGGAACCCUGUAUUAUUUAUUCGUUCCAACCCAGUACAGCUUAUUCUCAGACUACAGCUAAAACGAACAGCCGCAUCGUUUGAGCAAAGGCCAAAGGGCAAUGCAGCAAAUCUUUCCUUCUUCCAGUCCAAAGCCGGGCGCCACGCGACUCUCAGACGCCUUCUCCGACCGCGACUAUGUCGAACCAGGCCCUCUCUCGCGCGGCAUGAUGGCGUCGCUCGUUGCCCCGUCCGGCGAGUACAGCUACGCCAGCAGCGGCAGCAGCAGCAGCAAUGGCAAUACUAGCUGUGUUCCACUGCUUUUCUGGCCGAGCUCGGCCCCGGCGUCAGCAGCAGUGUCUUCCGCCCCGCUGCUCCACCCCAGCAGCACUAGCUUCCUUGCCUCCAAUUCCAGCACUCUUGCAGACGGACACUCGCCUGGCGACCUUCCAAGAAAUUUCGCGCUUCGAAAACGACGCUUCAACGACGACGACGACGAUCACAAUUAUCAGAUGCAUGGCACUGAUGGUGGCGAUGGUGGUGAUGGCGAUGACCACAAUUGCUACGGCGAGAUGGCACCUCGAAAGCGCGUCGCGCUCGCCUCGGACGACGAGGACAAGGUAUUUGGAGCCGAUUCGGGAUGGCGACCGACUCAUCUGGCUGCAGCCAAUCGCGAGACGCUCGGACAGUGUGACGCGGGCAACUCGAGCAGCUUCAUUCUGGACGAUCAAGGCCAAGCACUGCCGGCCCCGUGGCCGCACUCGUUGUCGGCGUCAUCGGCCGUGUUAUUGGAAUCGAGUUCGCUUGAGCUCCCACAACCGGGCUACAUUGUCGAGUCAGUCGGUCAGACAGCCCUGCGCACGCUCGAUCCGACACAAGCACAAGCGGUCUCGGAAAUAGCCGAAACCAGCGCUUCUCAGCACGACCAGCAGCUGCAACAGCCUCGAUUGGUCCUUUCCACAACCUCUGACUCUCACUCGCAAACCGCUCCACUCGAGCCGUUCCAACUACCAGCCGGCUUUGCGCUUGGCGAGGGCGACUCGGCUGCGCUCUCCAACAGCUCGUACUCGUCCAUCAACAAGCUUUUGGGCCAGCUUCAUCUCAGCCGCAAGUCCACUCUGCGGUGAGGAAGGAUUCACCGCCAACCCUGCCAGCUCGUUCACCUGUUGCUUUGUAGUGAUGGUCUGCUUCAAGAUUGCCUUUGUUUUUUUUCUUUUUGUCCUGUACCAUCACUGUACUGCACUGUACCUUGUUUAUUUGCCUUGUACCAUACAUACACGUUUCAUAUUGUUGCC